CACAAUCUCCUUUCGCAAUCAGUAAAGCUGGAAACUUUUGUUCCAUCCCGGGGGGGUUUUGAAGUGGGUGCACAACAUGUGUUCCGUCUGGUUGAACCGUCCCCCUCCGUUUCUUGGCAACCAUGGCGGCGGCAGACACCCUGAACUUCAACAUUGGGGUGCUCGGACACAUUGACAGCGGCAAGACCGCGCUGGCUCGGGCGCUGAGCACCACGGCGUCUACGGCGGCCUUCGACAAGAACCCGCAGAGCAGGGAGCGCGGCAUCACCCUGGACCUGGGCUUCUCCAGCUUCUGCCUGGCCGCGCCGCCGCAUCUCAGGCCGCCGCAGUACUCCAAACUGCAGGUCACGCUGGUGGACUGCCCGGGCCAUGCUUCGCUUAUCAGGACCAUCAUUGGAGGUUCACAGAUUAUUGACCUGAUGAUGUUAGUCAUUGACGUGACAAAGGGGAUGCAGACGCAGUCAGCAGAGUGCCUCGUGAUCGGUGAAAUUACGUGUCCACGGAUGGUGGUGGUCCUGAACAAGAUUGACCUCCUUCCAGAGGCAAAGAAACAGGUGUUGAUAGACAAAAUGACCAAGAAAAUGCAGAAGACACUGGAGAAUACAAGGUUUAACGGGUGUCCCAUCAUUCCUGUUGCUGCCAAGCCUGGAGGACCAGAUGCUCCAGAGACAGGGACUCCACAAGGCAUUUCAGAGCUCAUUGAGCUCCUGAUGUCGCAGACGUACAUGCCAAAACGUGAUCCCUCUGGUUCUUUCCUCAUGGCAGCUGACCACUGUUUUUCAAUCAAGGGUCAGGGCACCGUGAUGACAGGGACCAUCCUCUCUGGGUCCGUCAGUGUCAACGACAGCGUGGAGAUCCCCGCCCUCAAGAUCACCCGUAAGGUCAAGUCCAUACAAAUGUUCCGUAAGCCGGUGAACGCCGCCAUUCAAGGUGACCGGGUAGGAAUCUGCGUCACCCAAUUUGACCCCAAGCAGCUUGAACGCGGCCUGGUCUGUUCCCCUGAGUCCCUCUGCACCCUCUACGCUGCUGUUAUUUCUGUGAAGAAGAUCCCAUAUUUCAAAGGACCAGUCCACACCAAGGCCAAGUUCCACAUCACUGUUGGCCAUGAGACCGUCAUGAGCAGGGUAAUGUUCUUCAGCCGGGCUCCAGAGGAUUUUGAUGCUGAGCCUGUGAUGGAUUGUUUUGACUUUGACAAGGAAUACCUUUAUCAGGAAGAAUACUUGUCGCCUGGCAAAGACAGCGGUAUCGAUGGCCAGACUGAGGGAGCCCAAGCCCCCAGGCAGCAGUGGGCCCUGCUCGAGUUUGAGAAGCCUGUCACCUGUCCCAGGCUGUGCCUAGUGAUCGGCUCCAAGCUUGACAUUGACAUCCAUACUAAUACCUGCAGGCUCGCAUUUCAUGGGGUCUUGCUGGAAGGCUUUGAGGAGAAAAACUAUGCCGAGGUAUCACUGCCCAAGCUGAAGGUCUUCAAGUCAAAGUAUAAAGAAGGACAAGUGGAAAGGGUCUCGGACGAUUAUAGCGUCAUUGGCCGUUCCCUGUUCAAGAAGGAGACCAACAUACAGCUGUUUGUCGGAAUGAAGGUCAAACUGUCAACGGGUGAAGUCGGAGUGAUCGACGGGGGCUUCGGCCAGAGUGGCAAAUUCAAAAUCCGAAUUCCAGAUGGGCUAAGCCCAGAAACCAAGCAGCAGCUCGCACUGACCAGCAAGAAGAAAGCCAAGGGUGCAAAGGGCGACUCAGUGAAGACAGAGGAAGAGAAAAGUGAUGCACAGCCCAUAACCAUCACCUUAGCCUUUAAGAGAUACUUAUUCGACCCACAGAAAAAGAUGAUUCAGUCUUAAAAGUGUUUAUUUUCGAAGGAGGAUUACUGAAAGGUGGGAUUGGAUUUAAAACCUCCUUUAAAGUUUCCUUGCCUUAAAGUUUGAUUCUGGGGUGUGUUUAACCAUUUUUGAAGGAAUAAAAUUGAAAUUAAUCCCUUUUGAUUGCUGAAAGAUGUGUUUUAAAAAAACACUAUUAUUUUUUCUGAUGGGUUGGUUUUCACUUCCAGCUGGCUACACAGUUCAUAGACACUGUCCACUGGCUGUUCUGACUGGUGAUCAAAUGUACUAUAUCAGCUACACCAGCACAGGCAAGCUCUGACAAGCUUCAAACACCACUGCUUGGGGAGGGCUUGCAAAAUGUAAAUAGGUCAAAUCUAUAUGCUGCAGGGACUGUGGACUGGUACGGUAGUGUAGUGGUUAGAAUAAUGGUAUUGCAAUGCCAGUAUUCAGAGUUCAAUUCCUGCCGCUCUCUGUAAGGAGUUUGUACAUUCUGCCCAUGACCUGGAGGUUUCCUCCAAGUGCUCUGCUUUCCUCCCACAUUCUAAAAACGUUUAGGUUAGUGGCUUAAUUGGUCACAGGGUGUAAUUGGGCCAGUCGGGUUGUUUAGAGCCUGUUACAGUGCUAAUACUAAUAAUAUAAAGCAUAAAUUGUCCAACAAGUCUCUAGUGAGAGUGGAACAGGAGUUAACACCAGCAAAAGAAGAAAGUUAAAGCAAGUGGUUAAGCCAGGGGGAAAGGGGAGAGGGGUAGGGCGAAAGCCAGAAAACAUUAAAUGCAAAUGGGUUGGGAGGGUUGUUCACAGGGUGAGAACUGAAACAAGAUUCAAAUUCAGUUUUAUUUAUCAGAUGUACAUCGAAACUUGCAAUGAAAUGUGUCGUUUGUGUUCGCAACCAGCACACCCACAUUCCGGCACCACCACAGCAUGCUCACAACGCUCAGCAGAACAAUGCAGAACACAACAAAAGAGAAUAUACCAAGCCAGAGAGCAACAACAGCAAAGUAAGCCCUGUUCCUCCAUCCCACCUACCCACCCGUGCACACACACAGUCCCCUAACCCCCAGGCAGGCCACCUUAGCCUCCAGCCUCCAGCGGUCUUGCCAGUUUGCAGACAUUUGGGGUCUGACUUCCCGAGCGAACUCACAAAGGUUGGGACAGAAGAAGCGUUGCCCACAGCUGGAUCAGAAAUUGCUGAACUCAAUAAGUUCAGAAGGCUGACUGAGAGAUGAGCUGCUGCUCCCCUGAGCUGGGUUUCAUUAUAAAAGUGUACAAGUGAGGUCGAUGGAAAUCCUGUCCGAAGAUCGCAGUCACUUGCAAACCUCCCCAACUCUCCCCUACUCCUUCUUCUUCUUGGGCCCUUAGCUCCCAGUGAAGCUUUGGCUAUCGGUUUUUUCCAUCAACAUUUCUGCAAACCAUUGCAUCCACUGUACAGGGGACUGGCCUAUACAGCUUCACCAGAGCCCUGUCGGCCAGCCUUACCCGUUUCCACCUCUCACGAUGGGGGCGUAGGGUUGGAUUAUUGAGAGGUUCCCCCCUACUGACCCUAGGGAAAAGACAGAUGGACGAUAGAGGGUGGAGACCAUCAGACGUUUUCAUUUACUGCUUGAAGUUCAGAUCCUCAGCUUAUUUACCCUCUUUAUACCCUUAUAAUUGUAUAUCUCUGUCAACUGCUCCUUCACUCUCCUGCACUCUGGAGAAUAAAGCCUCAACCUAUUCAACCUUUAUUGUGGAGCAAGACAACUACAGAAGGGUUUGAAAAUGAGGAAUUUAAAUUCAGUGCUUUGACUGAUCUAACUAUAGAUCUAUUCUAUAAAGUUCGGCUAAUAUAUCUUGGGAAACAGGCUAUUUGGCCCACAAAUAUUUCCUGGCCGUCCUCCAAUUACUUACACUUAUUGACUCCUAUUUUCUUCUCCCCAUGUUCCCAUCACCAAUAUUCCCUCUACGGUAUGAAUACACACAUAUUUUGCUACUAGCUCACAAAGGAAUUUAAACUGCGCACAAACGAUUGUCAUCCUCUACCUUGUUGGCAUGUUAAGUAUAUUUCACAAUCGUACAUAAUUUCCUUUUCCAGUUUCUGAUACAGACAGUGUUGACAACAUGGAGUUUGCAAUGAUUUGUCUGCAGAUUUUAGAACUGGCUUAAUUAUAUUCUUUUUAUUGAAGAAAUUAUCCAGUGAGCACACGUUGUUGUCACUGGGCAAAAAAUUGCACAGUACAAGAUUUUUGCGCAUACUGGUCAUUACAACUUAGAGGGAACAUUGUGCAUGACCUGUCACCAAAUUCUACAACAGUGUAGGGGCAAUUUACCUGCAGACCCGCACAUCUUUGGGAGGUGGGAGUAAACUGGAGCGCCUGGGGAAAACCAGAAAGAGCGUGCAAACUUCAGACACGGCAGGUCGGGAUCGAACCUGGGUGUCUGGAGCAGUGAGGUAGUGGCGCUACCCAUUGCACACACACAAAGGAGGCAUGAUCACAACAGAAAGGUGAGGUGUUAGGAGCAGUGACUAGCAGCUUGGUCACUGUGUUACGCAUGAUGAGGCUUUGUGAGGCAAUUUAAGAGUUUACAAAUGUGUAGCCAAAUAGAUAUGAAAAAUUAGGGAUGGACAGGUUAGCAAAACAGAAAUCUACUUUUAAGUUCAAUCUAACCCUUCCCUCCCACUGUCCUCCAUUUUUCUAUCAUCCAUGUACCUUAGAAUCUCUUAAAUGUCCCUACCUCUAAAUGUAUCUUAAAAUUCUCCUCAAUAUAUUAGCCUUUUACCGUCACCCCUGGCAAGGCUAUCAACACACGCACUACCCUGCAAAAAACCUAACUCUGACAGCCUUCCUCUACCUUUCUCCAAUCAUCAUAUUAGCCAUUUCCACCCAAGAAAUUCAUUCCUUGUCCACUCUAUGUAUGCCUCUUAUCUGAUACUCCUCUAUCAAGUCACCCCUCACUUUCCUUCACUCCAAAGAGAAAAGCCCUAGUUCGCUCAAGCUAUCCUCACAGAAUAUCCACACUAAACCAGUCAGCAUCCUGGUAAACCUCAUUUUCAUCCCCUCUAAAGCCUCCACACCCUUCCUAUAGUGAGGCGACCAGAACUGAACACAAUGCCCAAAGUGUGAUCCAGAGUCAUAGAACAUUACAGCACAGAAUCAGGCUCUGGAGUGUCCAUCUAACCAGGGUCUUACAGAGCUGCAGCAUUACCUGGCAGCUCUUGAAUUCAAUCUCCCAACUAAUAAACUAAAUAACACACCACAUGCCUUUUUAACCACACUGUCAACUUGUGCGGCAACUUUGAGGGAUCCGUGGAUGUGAACCCAAAGAUUGCUCUGUUCCUCCACACUUUCAGGCAUUCUUGCUCUGCCUGAGAUUGGAGUCAUUUCCAACCCUGCAGGUGCACUGUGCAUUGAUUCAGCACCAGAGACAUAACUACUGAAAGGUUAAUUGCUCUUGUCUAGGAGCUUGAAUGUGUGGUGGCAAUACACUUUGGUCUGCAUUUACACCGUCACUGAAGAUUCUGUCUGCUGUGUACGUUAUCCUGUGUAAACUGAUCAUUGUUAAUCCUAAACACAAAAGAUUCUGCAGAUGCUGGAAAUCCAGAGUAACACACACUAUAUGCUGGACUUAGCAGCCCAGGCAGCAUCUACAGAGAGGAAUAAAUAGUCGACGUUCAGACCAAGACCCUUCGUCAGGACUACUUGUUAAUCCUAGAUAAAGAAUCAUAGGAAAGUACAGCAUACAAACAGGGCCUUUGGCCCAUCUAGUCCAUGCUGCACUACUUAAACUGUCUCGUCCCAUCGACCUGCACCCAGACCAUAGCCCUCCAGAUGCCUACUCUCCAUGUACCUAUCCAGUUUUCUCUCCAACAUUGAAAUCGAACUCGCAUGCACCACUUGUGCUGGCAUCUUGGCCCACACUCUCACUACCCUCUGAGUGGAGAAGUUCCCUUCAUGUUACCCUUAAACUUCUCACCUUUCACCCUUAACCCCUGACCUCUGGUUGUGGUCCCACUCAACCUCAGUGGAGAAAGCCUGCUUACUUUUACCCCUCAUAGUUCUGUAUACCAAAAAUCUCCUCUCAAUCUUCUACUUUCCAAGGAUAAAGUGCUAACCUAUUUAAUCUUUCCUUAUAACUCAGGUCCUCCAGUCCUGGCAACAUGCUUGUAAAUUUUCUCCACAAUCUUUCAACCUUAUUUACAUGUUUCCUGUAGGUAGGUGACCAAAACUACACACAAUACUCCAAAUUAGUCCUCACUAACGAUUUAUCCAACCUCAAUACAGCAUCCCAUUUUCUGUACUCAAUACGUUGACUUAUAAAUGCCGAUAUGCCAAAAACUUUCUUUAAGACCCCAUCUACCUGUGAUGCCACUUUCUAAUAAUUAUGGACCUGGAUUAACAGAUCCCUUUAUCCUACCACACUUCUCAGUGCCCAACCACUCACUGUGUAAGAUCUACUCUGGUUAAACUGCACUUAUCUGUAUUAACUUCCAUCUGCCAUUUUUCCAGCUGGUCCAGAUCCUGCUGCAACCUCUCAUAGUCUUCGUUGCUAUCCACCAUACCCCCAAACUUGGUGUCAUCCGCAAAUUUGCUGCUCCAGUUAAUCACAUUAUUAUCCAGGUCGUUGAUAGAAACAUCGAAACGUAGAAAACCUACAGCACAAUACAGACCCUUUGGCCCAUAAUGCUGUGCCAAACAUUUACUUACUUUAGAAAUUAACUUGGGUUACCCAUAGCCUUCUAUUUCUCUAAGCUCCAUGUACCUAUCCAGAAGUCUCUUAAAAGGCCCUAUCGUAUCCGCCUCCACCACCAUUGCCAGCAGCCCAUUCCACGCACUCACCACUCUCUGCAUAAAAAACUUACCCGACAUUUCCUCUGUACCUACUUCCAAGCACCUUAACACUGUGCCCUCUCGUACUAGUGACUUCAGCCCUGGGAAAAAGUCUCUGAUUAUCCACACGAUCAAUGCCUCUUAUCAUCUUAUACACCUCUAUCAGGUCACCUCUCAUCCUCCGUCACUCUAAGGAUAAAAGGCCGAGUUCACUCAACCUAUUCUCAUAAGGCAUGCUCCCCAAUCCAGGCAACAUCCUUGUAAAUCUCCUCUGCACCCUUUCUAUGGUUUCCACAUCCUUCUGUAGUGAGGUGACCAGAACUGAGCACAGUACUCCAAGUGGGGGUCUGACCAGGGUUCUAUAUAGCUGUAACAUUACCUCUCGGCUCUUGAACUCAGUCUCAUGGCUGAUGAAGGCCAAUACACCGUAUGCCUUCUUAACCACAGAGUCAACCUGCGCAGCAGCUUUGAGCGUCCUAUGGACUCGAACCCCAAGAUCUUUUCGAUCCUCCACACUGCCAAGAGUCUUACCAUUAAUGCUAUAUUCUGCCAUCAUAUUUGACCUACCAAAAUGAACCACCUCACAUCUAUGGUUGAACUCCAUCUGCCACUUCUCAGCCCAGUUUUGCAUCCUAUCGAUGUCCUGCUGUAACCUUUGACAGCCCUCCUCACUAUCCACAACACCCCCAACAUUUGUGUCAUCAGCAAAUUUAUUAACCCAUCCCUCCUCUUCCUCAUCCAGGUCAUUUAUAAAAAUCACGAAGAGUAGGGGUCCCAGAACAGAUCCCUGAGGCACACCACCCGGUCACCGACCUCCAUGCAAAAUAUGACCCAUCUACAACCACUCUUUGCCUUCUGUGGGCAAGCCAGUUCUGGAUCAUCAAAGCAAUGUCCCCUUGGAUCCCAUGCCUCCUUACUUUCUAAAUAAGCCUUGCAUGGGGUACCUUAUCAAAUGCCUUGCUGAAAUCCAUAUACACUACAUGUACUGCUCUACCAUCAUCAAUAUGUUUAGUCACAUCCUCGAAAAAUUCAAUCAGGCUCUUAAGGCAUGACCUACCUUUGACAAAUCCAUGCUGACUAUUCCUUAUCAUAUUAUACGUCUCCAAAUGUUCAUAAAUCCUGCCUCUCAGGAUCUUCUCCAUCAACUUACCAACCACUGAAGUAAAACUCGCUGGUCUAUAAUUUCCUGGGCUAUCUCUGCCCACUUUCUUGAACAAGGGAACAACAUCCGCACACCCCCAAUCCUCCGGAACCUCUCCCAUCCCCAUUAAUGAUUCAAAGAUCAUUUCCAGGGCUCAGCAAUCUUCUCCCUUACCUCCCACAGUAGCCUGGGGUAUAUUUCGUCUGGUUCCAGUGACUUAUCCAACUUGAUGCUUCCCAAAAGCUCCAGCAUAUCCCUACAAUCGCCAAGGUCCCUUUCCGUAGUGAAUAGUGAAGCAAAGUAUUCAUUAAGUACCUCUGCUACCUCCUCCGGUUCUAUACACACUUUUUCACUGUCACACUUGAUUCGUCCUAUUCUCUCACAUCCUAACCUCUUGCUCUUCACAUACUUGUAAAAUGCCUUGGGGUUUUCCUUAAUCCUACUCGCCAAGGCCUUCUCAUGGCCCCUUCUGGCUCUCCUAAUUUCAUUCUUAAACUUCUUCCUGCUAGCCUUAUGAUUUUCUAGAUCUCAGUCAUUACCUAGUUUUUUGAACCUUUCAUAAGCUUUUCUUUUCUCUUAACUAAAUGUUCAACUGCCUUUGUACAACUAAGUUCCUGUAUCCUACCAUCCUUUCCCUGUCUCAUUGGAAUGUACCUGUGCAGAACGCCAUGCAAAUAUCCCCUGAACAUUUGCCACAUUUCUGCUGUACAUUUCCCAAUUUACGUUUCCAAGUUCUUGCCUGAUAGCUUCAUAUUUCCCCUUACUCCAAUUAAAUGCUUUCCUAACUUGUCUGUUCCUAUCCCUCUCCAAUGCUAUGGUAAAGGAGAUAGAAUUAUGAUCACUAUCUCCAAAAUGCUCUCCCACUGAGAGACCUGACACCUGACCAGGUUCACUUCCCAAUACCAGAUCAAGUACAGCCUCUCCUCUUGUAAGCUUAUCUACAUACUGUGUCAGUAAACCUUUCUGAACACUCCUAACAAACUCUAUCCCAUCUAAACCCCUCGCUCUAGAGGGAUGCCAAUCAAUAUUGGGGAAAUUAAAAUCCCCCAUCACAACAACCCUGUUAUUACUGCACCUUUCCAGAACCUGUCUCCCUAUCUGCUUCUCAAUGUCCCUGUUACUAUUGAGUGGUCUAUAAAAACACCCAGUAGAGUUAUUGACCCCUUCCUAUUUCUAACUUCCACCCACAGAAGCUCCAUAGACAAUCCGUCCAUGAUUUCCUCAUUUUCUGCAGCCGUGACACUGUCUCUGAUCAGCAGCGCCACGCCCCACCUCUUUUGCCUCCCUCCCUGUCCUUCCUGAAACAUCUAAAACCUGGCACUAAAAGUAGCCACUCCUGCCCCUGAGCCAUCCAAGUCUCUGUAAUAGCCACAACGUCAUAGCUCCAAGUACUGAUCCACACUCUAAGCUCAUCCACUUUGUUCAUAAUACUCCUUGCAUUAAAAUAGACACAUCUCAGACCAUCAAUGUGAGCGAAUCCCUUCUCUAUCACCUGCCUAUCCUCCCUCCCUCUCACACUGCCUACAAGCUUUCUCUAUUUGUGAGCCAACAGCCCCUUCCUCCGUCUCUUCAGUUUGGUUCCCACCCCCCAGCAAUUCUCGCUUAAGCUCUCCCCAAUAGCCUUAGCAAACCUUCCUGCUAGAAUAUUGGUCCCCUGCGGAUUCAAGUGCAACUUAUCCUUUUUGUACAGGUCACGCCUGUCCCAAAAGAGGUCCCAGCGAUCUAGAUGACAAAUAACAAUGGACCCAGCACUGCUCCCUGCAGCACAGCACUAGUCACAGGCCGCCAGUCAGAGAUGCAACCCUCUACUACCACUCUCUGGCUUCUCCCACAGAGCUAAUCCAGUUCACUAGCUAACAAAAGACAACAUCCACCUUUCAUCAACAUUCAUCAACUUUCCUGGUAACUUCCUCGAAAAACUCUGUAAGAUAGGUUAGAUAUGACCUACUGUGUACGAAGCCAUGCUGACUAUCCUUAAUCAGUACCUGUCUGUUGAGGUUGUUACAUAUCUGGUACACAUUGAGUGUCUAGAGUAUGUUAUUGGUUGCUGGUAUGUAUUGGAAAUGCCAGGGUAGCCUAUGGCUGUUACCAUCAGUGAGCUGUCCAAGCCACCAGUUCCAUUCUGAUUCAUUCUGCAGCAAUGCUUCCCACACACUCGGUUCCUCAGGUAAUGAUCGGCAGAUCAUUUACUGUAACUUCCAGUGUGGACAUUCAUACCCGGAGAACUGCAACUGCUCACUGUGUUUGCUCUACUUUUGAUGCUUUACACUGAACGCCUGUGAAGUAUUCUUCAGUCCCGAUAAAUCUUUCAUCUGAACUUAUUUAGUUCCCCCCACCCCCACCCCCACGCCGACCAGGUCCCCUGGUUUUUAACUUGACUGUUAAACCCAGAAUCUGUGUGCGUAUGUGUGGGGAAGAGAGGGGGGAAAUUUUUGACAUUUCGGGUCAAAAUCCUGCAUUAGGGCCCCACAGAUGAUGCUCGACCCGCUGAGUUCCUUCAGCAAAUUGUUUGUUGCUCCAGAUUUCCUCCUGAGUCUCUCAUGUCCUUUCCUGGUAUCCGUGGCCCGAUGCCCUGCAGAGAUCUUCCAUCAUGGCUGAUUUAUUAUCCCUCUCAACCCCAUUCGUGUGCCUUUGACACCCUGACUAAUAAAGAACUUAUCAACCUUGCUCCUGCGAACCAACACAACCCUUUUGUCCUGUAAUCUUCUCACUGCCCCAAGCUGGACACGCCUCCCCUAAGCUCUCGGCUCCGUCCCUUGGGUCAGUCACCUAUCCACUGAGAAGCUAGAGCUACUUCUGGGCAGACUGCUCCAGUGUCCUGGGCUAACGUGAGUGACCUGGGGCAGCACGGUAGUGUGGUUAGCGCAACGCUGUACAGUACCAGUGACCCGGCUACGAUUCCCAUUACACGGUAGUGUGGUUAGCACAAUGCUGUACAGUACCAGCGACCCGGGUUCGAUUCCCACUGCUGCCUGUAAGGAGUUUGUAUGUUGUCCCUGUGACCCCGUGGGUUCCCUGCGGGUGCUCCAGUUUCCUCCCACAGUCCAAAGACGUACUGGUUGGUAGGUUAAUUGGUCAUUGUAAAUUGUCCCAUGAUUAGGCUUAGGGUUAAACUGGGAGAUUGCUGAGCAGAGUGUCUCAAAGGACUGGAAGGGCCUAUUCUGCCCUGUAUCUCAAUGAAUAAAUAAAUAAAGAUUAGUGCUUAAGGCAUAACAGUGCUUUCUCCCACCCCUCCCUUUCCCCAUCUCUCUUUUUCCAUUUCCGAUUCGGGCUCCCCUCUUACCCAUUCUCUUCUCUGCUCCUGGUAUCACCUCCCUCUGCUCCUCUUCCUCCUUCCCUUUCUCUCAUGGUCCACUCUCCUCUUCAAUCAUAUUCCUUCUUCUUCAGCCCUUUAUCUCUUCCACCUGUCACCUGCCAGUUUCUUCAUCCCCCUUUCCCCACCCAUCCCCCUUUCCCCUCACCUGGUCUCACCUGUCACCUGCCAGUUUCUUCACCCCCCCUUUCCCUACCCAUCCUCCUUUCCCCUCACCUGGUCUCACCUGUCACCUGCCAGUUUCUUCAUUCCCCUUUCCCCACCCAUCCCCCUUUCCCCUCACCUGGUCUCACCUGUCACCUGCCAGCUUGUACUCCUACCCCUUCCUCCACUUUAUUAUUCGGGCUUCUGCCCCCUUCCUUUCCAGUCCUGUUAAAUGGUCUCAGCCCAAAACGUCGACUGCAUACUCCUCUCCACGGAUGCUGCCUGACCUGCUGAGUUCCUCCAGCAUUUGGUGUGUGUUGCUGAGGUGUUUUAUUUCUCCUUGAGAUGUGCACUGGGACAAAGGGAGACCUGUGGGUGGUCUCAGGAUUCUUACGGUGAUCUUGUGCACCGUCUCACAUCGCACCACGUGCCAAGUUCACUCAGAUCAGAGAUCUAUAGGCACUGCACUAAAAUGUAUAAAUACGGGUUUCUAGAAAUUGAUGCAAUCUGAGUUACUCUGCAUGAUGAACAACGUGAAUUUGUAUCAAAUAAAUAAAUAAUAUUUGUGAAUUAUUUACUUGAAUUUGACAUUCCUCUUCUCCACAAUCUGACACUGCGGGAAACAGGCACACAGCCGGUCCGUGCCGACCGACCCCGUCCUAUUUGCUACGCUUGGCCCACAUUCCUUUCCUAAUCAUGUACAGUAUCAGUCAAAGUUCCCUUCAAAUGCUGUUAACUUAACUCCCUCACCAAUUCCUCUGGCAGCUCGUUCCAUGUAACCAUCACCGUUUGCAUGAAUGAGUGUCCUAUUAACUCUCUCCCCUCACUGCUUAAACCUGUGCCCCUAAUUCUUCAUUUCCCAACACUUGGGAAAAGACUGUGCAAGUUUACCCUAUCUACUCCCUCAUGAAUUUAGAACAUGGAACACAGACCAUGCCAUCACAGUACAGGCCCUUCAGGACUUACGGCUCACAAUAUCGUGCUGCCCAUUUACACCCUUCCCUCCCACGUAGCCCUCCAUUUUUCUAUCAUCCAUGUGUCUAUCUAAGAGUAUCUUAAAUGCUCCUAAAGUUCAAAGUAAAUUUAUAAUCCAAGUACAUAUAUGUCACCAUAUACAACAUGGGGCGUGCUAACCACUAGCUUUACAGUACAAGUGACCUGGAUUCAAUUCCCGCUGCUGCCUGUAACUUUGUACAUUCUCCCCUUGACCAUGUGGGUUUCCUCUGGAUGUUCCAGUUUCCUCCCACAGUCCACUGUUUGGUAGGUGAAUUGGCGAUUGUAAGUUGCCCUGUGAUUAGGCUAGGAUUAAACUGAGGGACUGCUGGGUGACAUGGCUCAAAGGGCUGGAAGGGCCGAUUUUGCUCUGUAUCUCUGAGCAGCCCUGAGAUUCAUUUUCAUGUGGACGUAAUCAAUAAAUCUAUAGGGUAAUAACCAUAACACAAUCAAUGAAAGACCGCCCACCCAACUUGGGUGUUCAACCAGAGUGCAAAAGACAGCAAACUGUGCAAAGACAAAAAGAAAGAACUAAUAAUAAUAAAUAUUUAAACAAUAAAUAUCAAGAACAAAGGAUGAAGAGUCAUUGAUUGUGGAAACAUCCCAAAGAUGGGGGCAAGUGAAGUUAUCCCCGUUGAUUCGAGAGCUUGAUGUCUGAGGGGUAAUAACCAGUCCCGAACCUGGCAGUGCGAGUCCUGAGGCCAUAGCAAAAAGAGAGCAUGCCCUGGGUAAUGGGGGUCCCUGAUGAUGGAUCCCGCUUUCCUGCGAUAGUGUUUUAUGCAGAUAUGCUCAAUGGUGGGGAGGACUUUAGCCGUGCUUUACCACCCUGCAUCUGCCUCCACCAUCACCCCUGGCAGGGUGUUCAAAGCACCCACCACUCUCUGUGUAAAAAACUUACCCCUGACAUCCCCACUGUACAUUCCUCCAAUCGCAUUAAA